CUGUAAAAACAAAAUCCUAGUACAAGCAGCCAUCAGGUGUGAUUUGGAGACCACCAUGAGGAGAAAAUGAAAGCAGUGCUAUAGCUCUAACAAAACGUUUCUUUUUCUGAGGGAGUAUGAGACUUUUGAUAUAUUGGAAGCAUGUUAACAGCUUUUUACUUGAGAAUUUUUCUAAUGUGUGAGAACUGAGAAGAUACUAUAUCAGAACUUUGAAAUCAUGAACUUUUAUUAUAAGAUAUAACAGGGGAAAACACCUCACUGCACGCUCUGGUGCAGCACUGAGCAGAUCAGGAUCCUCAGCCACCAACUGUCUGUAAGGCAUGAGCAGAGUGCCUAGAAAAAGUUUCUCAGUACAGCAGUAGAGUUGUAAAUUUGCGAGGCAACACCACUGUGCAACAAAAAUGCCAAGUAUCUUGCUGGUGUGUUGUUUUUCCCUCCCAGCAACAUAACCACACAGGGGAUGUGGAAGUCCAGAGAGGAUUUUCAGCAAGGUUAGAGCUCCCUUGGAAAGCUGAGAAACGCUGCCCUGGAAGUUAUGCUCAAAAGUCAGGCUUUUGUCAAUCCCAAUCCCACCCUCACCACACAUUUUAGACCUUGAAUUUAGGUUAUUCGUGUGCAUUAGUAGUUAUUUCUGUGAGGGAGACAAACACAAGUGUCAACAAGAGACUUAAAGUCACAAAUUAAACCUGUCUCAGCACCAAUACUUGAAGGUGUAUCUACUGAUUCUUAGACGUGAUGUCUGAUGGAUUUAAUCAGAGUCAAAGUAUCUCCUCUUGUCACAUUAGACAGAACUAUUUAUGCUUGCUCAAAAUUGUCUCCAAUUUUGCAACAUCCAGUAAUCACUAACACAAACUCAUUCCCCUCUUCCCUUUUGACCUUGUGUCACCCUUGGAUAGGACACCACCCAACCUGUAAAUCUACAGAUUUAUGUGGACUCUUAAAAUUCCUUUCUUGCUUGUGAGUGCUUUUGGAUGUCUUCAGUGGGCUGGAGUGUCAGCAUUUCAUGCUCAGAGAUCUGACACAGCUGUCAGAUCUUGACCAUUUUUUUUUUGUUUUGGCAGGGAAGAGAAAGAGAUGGGCUCAAUUUUCCUUCUAAGGGCUCAAUUUUCCUUCUAAGGGCUCAGUCCAUGUCUGUCACAUCUGAGUGAGUGCUCUAAAAUUCACAGAUGAAAAAAUUUGGCAAAGACACAAAUUUGACAGUAGGUGGACUUGGGUUAAUUUUCAACAAUGUGGAUUAAAAGUCAAAGUUCAAGUUGCGAUAUCAGUCGUUUCUUGGAGAAACUUUUUCAAAACUACUCAGAAACAGACACUGGGAAAAAUUAAAAAAGGCAACAUGAAAGAAACUGAGAAGCCACGUGCAGAGGACAAAUUCUGUUGCAUUUCCAAGCUGAAGGUGUUUCUGCUGGCACUGUCACUUGCGUUUCUUGGUAAAACCAUGUCUGGUGCUUACAUGAACAGCAUGUACACACAGAUAGAGAAACAGUUCAAUAUCCCAGCUUCUUUGGUGGGGAUCAUUAAUGGAAGCUUUGAAAUUGGUAACUUGCUGCUGAUAGCAUUUGUGAGUUACUUUGGAGCAAAGCUUCACAGGCCCAGAAUAAUUGCUUUGGGCUGCACAGUUCUCUCAUUUGGAUGUCUUUUGAUAUCACUUCCUCAUUUCCUCUUUGGAAGGUAUCAUAUUGAAAGCAGCAUUUCACAACGGGAAAACUUUUCAGUGAUGCCCCUAUGCCUUGUUAACCAAAGCUCGUUCUCUUUGCCUACAGAGGAGCCUUCAACAGAAUGUGAAAAAGAGCCUGGCUCCUUGCUGUGGAUAUUUGUGAUGGUUGGAAACAUAGUGCGAGGAAUGGGUGAAACCCCCAUCAUGCCUUUGGGCAUUUCCUAUUUGGAGGAUUUUGCCAAAGCAGAGAAUUCACCUUUCUACCUGGCAUGUAUACACACAGCAACUGUAGUUGGCCCCUUCCUUGGUUUAUUGUUGGCAUCAUUCUGUGCAGAACUGUUUGUUGAUGUUGGAUCAGUAGGUCCAGAUGAGAUAACUAUAACAGCUACUGAUGCCCGCUGGGUUGGAGCGUGGUGGCUGGGCAUUUUGAUUUGUGCAUUGCUGAACCUGCUCGUGGGAAUACCCUUCUGGUUUUUGCCCAAGUCACUUGUGAAGGAAGGUGAAACCAAUGAACCUGAGGAGACAAGUGAAAAAAGCGUAGUACCAUUGCAAGACAAUGACAAAAAUGAAGCCAAACAGAACAUGUAUGAAAUUGCUAAAGAUUUCAUCCCCUUCCUCAAGGCUCUGUUUCGCAACCCCGUGUACAUGUUAUUUAUAUGCAUAACUGUGCUGCAGUUCAGUGCCUUUGAUGGCAUGGUAUCCUUCAUGCCCAAAUAUCUGGAACAGCAGUUUGGAAAAUCUGCAUCAGAUGCCAUCUUUUUAAUUGGUGUUUACAACUUACCAGUUCUAUGCGUGGGGUAUUUUUCUGGAGGCUUAUUCAUGAAGAAAUUCAAGAUAAAUAUCUAUCAGGCUGCGAACAUAGCAUUUUGGGUAUCUUUACUGGAAUACCUUCUCUACUUUGCUGCCUAUUGGACUGUCUGUGAUACUGCACCAGUUGCUGGUCUAACAGUUUCCUAUGAAGGAAUAGAACAAGUUUCAUACGCAGAAAAUACUCUACUUGCUGACUGCAACAGGGAUUGUGAUUGUUCACUUAAAAUAUGGGACCCUGUUUGUGGGAACAAUGGAAUCACUUAUGUGUCACCUUGUCUUGCUGGGUGUAAAUCCUCGAGAGGAACUGGAAGAAGUGUGGUAUUUGAAAACUGCACCUGUGUUGCAGCCUCAGGGUUUUCCUCUCAAAAUGUCUCUGCAAUUCUGGGCCAGUGUGAUGAAGAUGAAAACUGUGACAAGAUGCUUCAUUAUUUUUUGAUACUGUCAUUAGUCUGCAGCUUCAUUUUUUCCUUAGCAGCCAUGCCUGGAUACAUGGUCUUAAUGAGGUCUCUAAAGCCUGAAGAAAAGUCGUUUGGAGUGGGUAUCCAUGGACUGGCUUCAAGAGUAUUUGCUGGAAUUCCAUCUCCCAUUUAUUUUGGAGCUUUGAUAGAUACCACUUGCCUGAAGUGGGGUACUAUGACUUGUGGUGGAGAAGGAGCGUGUAGGAUGUACGAUAUUGUCACGUACAGGUGGCUCUAUCUUGGCCUGCCAGCAGUGUUACGUGGAGUGUCCUAUAUCCCAAGUUCACUAAUUCUCCUUAUUUUAAGGAAGAAACAGAAAUCUGAGAAGUUGGUCUUAUUAAAUGCACCAGUAGAAAUGCAGGACAAAGAACAAGGAGCAGUGAAAUAGCAUUUCAAAGCAGGACAUGUUGUGAAAAAUAAUCACAGUGUAAAUAUUGGAUAUAUCCUAGUGAAAAUUUUUUUACUUUAACUAAUGAACACUUGGACGGAGAUUAAUAGAAUUACACAUAGUUGUAUCUUAAUUAUGCCAUUAAAGUAUCAGUUUGUAAACAGAAGGCACAGAAAAAUGUGUUUGGUGCAAAAGAACAAAGAGUAGAAAUAAGAAAACUUAAGAAAUUCCAGGCCUGAGUUGUCUGGACAAAGGACUGUGAAGCAGAAACAUAUAUUUUCAGUCCUUGUUUCACUAAAGAUAGUGAAAAUUUUGCAAUUGACUCCAAGUGAUGCCAAAUUUCAUCCUGGAAUUCUCCAAUGGCUUCUGUCAGAGCAUCUCUCAUUGACUGUAGACAGAAUUUGUAGCUUCUUUGGCCCCCAGUUUUCCAUAAAUUUAUUUAAUGAUGCUUUUAGUCCUUUCAGGCAGGGACUGUCUGUUAUUCUGCAUAGUAUAGGUGGUCAGUAUAUUGUGAACCUGUUUUAUGACAUGUUCUGGGUGUUGUGGUAAUAAUAAACAAUAAAAAAAAUUAAAUUUUUAAAAAA